CUGAAAAGUGAAAACAGAAGAAAAAAAUCCUUCCAAGCCAAUGGUUCCUAGUCAACUAUAGCACCUUAAUAUUCUAAUACCAGGAGCAGAAGAUCAGCUUGAGCUGUUCAAGCCCCAAAGCCAUACCAUCGAAAGUAGAAGCAAUUUCCUGGAAAUUCUCAAAUUGUCUUUCAUCCUCAUACUCUCCAAUCCCUUUGUAGUCCAAGUCAAGCAGGACCCAAAGUCCACGAAUGUUGAAUCACAAAAAAGCCUCCAAACCCACCUCUAUGAUUCAUACCACAACAUGAUUAUAAACCAACCUCAGCAAGGGCAUCCCAGUAAUUCACCCUGAAUCAAUCCCUCCCCUUAACUUCCCCAGAAAACAAAGAACAGAGAGCUAACAAAACACAUAGUCUAAGCAGCUGCAUAGUGCAAAGGAACCAGAAGAGAGAGAAGAUGGAGGGAGGGAGGCUUGAAGACAACAUUGGGGUGAGAGAAGAACUCAUCAAGAAAGCUUGUAAUUUGGCUAUGAAAGCCCACAAAUCUGCGGGCAAGCCUUACCUGUUUGAGAAAAGUCGCAGCCCAACUGAAGCUAUUUUUGGGUUUGCUGGAUCAUGGUCUGUGGGUGAUUGGUUUAGUCAAAAGCCUUUCGGAGAAGUACAAAUCGAUCGUGAAAUUUUUCCAUCUGUGAGAAGUAUUGGAACCGAUGAAGUUGGGUUGGUGAAUAAAGCGUUCUAUGACAGAUUUGAAGAAAUUAGAACAAAAUCGUCGCUUGAAAAUGAGGUGGACAAGGCAGUUUCAGAGAAAAGGCAGAUAGUGUUUGCAGGGCACUCCUCAGGUGGAGCAAUAGCCAUCCUUGCAGCCCUCUGGUUCCUAGAGAAGUACAUCAGACCUAAUGCCAACAACAUCCCUCCUAAAUGUGUGACAUUUGGUUCCCCACUUGCUGGUGAUAGGAUUUUCCCCCAUGCUCUCAGGCGUGAGAAUUGGGCUCGCCACUUCAUUCAUUUCAUCAUGAGGUAUGACAUUGUCCCACGAAUAAUGCUCGCCCCACUCUCGUCCAUUGAACAAGAAUUACAACCGAUUCUUGAUCUCUUCAAACCGAGAUCCUCCUCACCCUUUGAUCAUGAAUUCAAUAGCAAAAUCAAUGUAGCUUCAGCUUUCUUUGUGACUGUCAUGAGAAAUGCAUCAGCAAUUUCAAGCCAUGCUGCUUGUAAUCUCAUGGGCACCACCAAUUUACUCUUGGAAACUGUUUCGAGCUUUGUUGAACUAAGCCCUUACAGACCCUUUGGCACCUAUGUUUUCUGCACUGGCAAUGGAAAAUUGGUGGUUGUUAGAAACCCAGAUGCUGUACUUCAAUUGUUGUUCUACAGUGCUCAGUUAAACUCUCAAACAGAAGGCGCAGAUGUUCUUCAUAAAAGCUUCAAGGACCAUUUGAUUUAUGAAGAUGAAUUGAAGGAAAGCUUGGAUAUGCAGGAUGUGGUUUAUCUAGAGCAGCUGGAAGACCUUCCAUUGUCUUCGGAUGGCAGUGCAUCCGUUGAUGUGGCCACAACAAACACAGCUUUGAAGGAUCUCGGCCUGAGCACGAGAGCCAGAUUGUGUCUUCGCGCUGCAGGAGAGAUGGAGAAACAAAAGCUGAAAAACCAGGCUAAGAUUAAUUCUAACAAGGACAACAUUGAGAAAGGACUAAAAAUGAUACAGGACUACCAAACAGAGUGUGAAGUCCGCAAGGUUGGUUAUUAUGAUGCUUUCAAGCUUCAGAAAUAUGAAAACGAUUUCUUCGCCAAUGUGAAGAGGGUCGAGUUAGUAGGCAUAUGGGAUGAGAUCAUUGAAAUGUUAAAAAGGUAUGAACUUCCGGAUGGAUUUGAGGGCCAGAAGGACUGGAUAGAGCUAGGAACCAGGUUUCGACGACUUCUUGAGCCUCUAGACAUUGCCAACUACUAUAGACACUUGAAGAAUGAGGACACUGGCCCUUACAUGAUAAGGGCUAGGCCAAAACGGUAUAGAUUCACGCAAAGAUGGCGAGAACACGCAGAAAGGAUGGCAGUUGGAUCAAGCUUUGAGUCCUGUUUCUUGGCUGAUGUGGAGGAGCUAAGAACAAAUCCAUUUGAAAAGGUGAAGGAGAAAAUUAUGAGCCUCGAUAAUCAAGUAUACAAAUGGGUUUGUGAUGGGGUUCUAGGCAAAGAUGUUUUCUUGGAUGAAUCUACCUUCACAAAGUGGUGGAAAACCCUUCCUCCCCAGCAUAGAUCAGCAUCCUGCAUUUCAAACUAUAUCAACAGUUAAGGAAAAGAGGGCAGGCCUUGACAAAACGGUAACUGCCUCUCUGCUUGUUGGGUAAGGUUGCGUACAUCUAACCUUCUUCAGACCCGCAAUGGUAGGAGUCUUGUGCAUUGAGUACGCCUUUUUACCAACAGUUAAGGAAAGUUUUCCAUACUUUGGCCUUAAAGUGAACUGCUAGAGAAUAUUACACAGAUUAUGCCAACGGUGAAGCUCAAGGUCUGAUUCCCUCUUCAUCAGCAGCUUUUGGUCAUGUAAAAUUUGCUACCAUGUUUUGAUGUAGCCUUGGGUUUAGUCUCUCCGUUACAUUAUCUUGUAGGUUUGGUUUUUGUUUGUUUGUGAAAUGUGGUCUUUUCACUGGCUUGUUUCUUCCUUCAGUGUUUUUUUUUUCUUCUUUGUGAGUCUUGCUUUAUAUGUUUUCUACGUGAAAUAAAAGUCCUGUUUGAUUUGCGUAUUAAAAAA